AUGCUUGAUCCUAAAGGAAAUUACACGUUAAUUCAUGAGCCCAAUGAAGGCAAUAAAAAUAAAAAUAUAUUAAACAGAUUAUGUAGAAGUCUAAACAAAUCCAUUACAAAUAUUUGUGUAUUCUUACAACAAAAUUUUCGAUGGCAACUGAUUAAACCAAAUUCGGCUAAACUACAGUUUCCGUACCAGGCUCAGAAUUGA